AUGGCUGCCACCGUCACGAACGUCGACUGGAGUCCUCUCCAAGUCGCCUCCAGCAUGCUCACGUCAAACUCCAUCGGGCACGCCAUCGUUGGCGAGGUAGCACUCAUGCGCUACGGAGCUACGUCGACUUUUAAUCCAGAAUUCUCUAUCGAAAUUUGCGUUUACCAAGCAGACAAGUCUAGAGCCGUAGACGUCCUCAAAUCCAGCAAGCUGUUUCAAGACGUCCCAGACCAUGUCAUCACUCAGUCCUGCUACGAAGGAACAACUGCGCACAGCCGCCUGCAGACAGUUUGGAGCGCGUCACAACCGCGAAACAUUAUAAUCUUGCCUCGCCUCACCUUCUUUGGCGGAACGUUGUCUUCUCCUACUGUCCCUAGCUCGAAGCAUAAAGAGACACAGCUCUUGGGCCUUUCCGAAAAAGACGUGGCCUGGAUCCCGUGGGCGAGUCCCCAUGAUCUUUUCUGGGCAUUUAUAAUCCGAAGAAUCUACCAUUACGAUCAGCUCGCUGCCCUGGCAGCGAAGCGACUGUUUGACACGGGCGAGGUCAGUGAACAGUGGCUGAAAAGCAAAGAAAAUGUUUGGCAUCGAACGCAAUACAAUCUGGCCAUGGCCAUCAUUGGGAAGACAAUCACAGCGGACGAGACAAUUCGGGUGGCGCCGAAUAACGAGAAUGAUCACGACUAUGCCACUGUCGAUAGUGGUCGAAACGGUCAGAAAAGAAAGAUGGUUACCUUGGGAACGUCUGCAAAGAGGCAGAAGAAGGACGGCAACUAG